AAGUAGAGAGGAGGGGGAAGGGUGCAGGCACAGGCCACCUCCUGGGCCUCAUUGUGGGAGACACUGGGAAAAAUAGGAGGGUGAGGGUGAGUGGGUGUGUGAGAGCGAGCAUUGCACAGAACCACAACUCAGACUCCUGCUGUAACCCAUUAGAGGGCCCACAACAGCAGCCAGGAGCAGUCUGGCCUUUGCAUGAGCAGCCAUUGUUGAGAGAGAGAGAGGGGGACUUGCAAACAAAGAGAGAGGGGAGGAAAAAAAAAAAAAAAAGAAAGGGCUUCCUCCACCUCUCUGCCUUCCUGUUUCCCUUAGGCUGCCAUUCUCAUUAUCUCCAGCUAGGCCUCAGCCUGCGAGGACUUCUACCCUUUUCCCCCCAUUAAUUCCUGGUUUCUGAUCCGCUGGAUUCUCUCGCACACAGUCAUGUUUUAACCGUGUGUCUUCAUAGAUCCUUUUUUAUUUUUUUUACACACUUCUGCGGCCGCUUGUUUCUUCUGGCUGUUCCUCAAAGUCAUUCAAGCUGUACUCUCCAAAGGAGCCCCCCAACGGCAACGCCUUCCCCCCCUUCCACCCAGGCACAAUGCUGGAUCGAGACGUGGGACCCACUCCGAUGUAUCCUCCUACUUACCUGGAGCCUGGAAUAGGGAGGCACACGCCGUAUGGGAACCAGACAGACUACAGAAUAUUUGAGCUGAAUAAACGGCUGCAAAAUUGGACAGAGGAAUGUGACAAUCUGUGGUGGGACGCGUUCACCACCGAAUUCUUUGAAGACGACGCCAUGUUGACCAUCACCUUCUGUUUAGAAGAUGGACCAAAGAGAUACACGAUCGGACGGACGCUGAUCCCACGGUAUUUCCGCAGCAUCUUCGAAGGAGGCGCCACCGAGCUGUACUACGUUUUAAAGCACCCCAAGGAAUCAUUCCACAAUAACUUUGUCUCCCUUGACUGCGAUCAGUGUACGAUGGUCACACAACACGGAAAACCCAUGUUCACACAGGUAUGCGUGGAAGGUCGACUCUACCUGGAAUUCAUGUUUGAUGACAUGAUGAGGAUAAAGACCUGGCAUUUCAGUAUCAGACAACAUCGAGAACUUAUUCCCCGGAGUAUCCUAGCCAUGCAUGCUCAGGACCCCCAAAUGUUGGACCAGUUGUCGAAGAACAUCACAAGAUGCGGACUUUCAAAUUCCACACUCAACUACCUCCGACUCUGUGUAAUUCUUGAACCAAUGCAGGAGCUCAUGUCCAGACACAAGACCUACAGUUUAAGUCCACGUGAUUGUCUCAAGACAUGCCUCUUUCAGAAGUGGCAGCGGAUGGUGGCCCCACCUGCAGCUGAACCAGCCCGACAGGCACCCAACAAACGCAGGAAAAGGAAGAUGUCCGGGGGCAGCACCAUGAGCUCUGGAGGGGGCAACACGAACAACAGCAACAGCAAAAAGAAAAGUCCCGCCAGUACCUUCGCCCUCUCCAGCCAGGUACCUGAUGUAAUGGUGGUGGGCGAACCAACCCUGAUGGGAGGCGAAUUCGGCGAUGAAGAUGAGCGGCUCAUAACCCGCCUGGAGAAUACUCAGUUUGACGCCGCCAAUGGAAUUGACGAUGAAGAUAGCUUCAAUAACUCACCCGCGUUAGGCGCCAACAGCCCAUGGAACAGCAAACCCCCCUCAAGUCAAGAAAGCAAAUCGGAGAACCCAACGUCCCAGGCUUCACAGUAAAAAAAAAAAAAAAAAAAUCCGAAAAAAAUAUAAACAGAAAAAAAAACACAAAAUAAAAAAACAAAAAAAAAACAAAACAAAUAUAUAUAUGUGUAUAACAGGCCAAUGUGGAGGAACAAAAAUGUUGUUUUAAAUAAAGAGUAAAAUCUCCAAAAAAGAGAGAGAGUGAAACAUAUCUACCUGUAAA